GCGCAAGGUUGGGUGGUACCCACCAAGGUGACCUACAUUCCAGCUGCUAAGGGAAUCUCAAAUAUCAGCUCAGAAUUGGGUAUCGUGGAUUUCCGAGUAAGGAAGCGAUCUCGUGUUUUGCGCGCGAUGCAAUUUUUCCUUCCUCAAAGUUUCGGAAGAGCUAAGUCGGCAACAUCACCGCCCAUUGGAGCUUCACCAUUUGUGAAGACUUGCACGCCAUUCUCGGAUCCUUGUGUACAGAUAGUUUCUCGGAGUAGAAGCUUAUUCUCUGAGCUGCCUGAUUGCUCAAGAGCUGUUUGAUGCAUUUGAAACCCUUUCGAGGAAAUAUUAUUGGGUGUGGAGCUUCGAAAUCAUUCUUGUAGUGUUUAGAGUUGUUGAGUACGAAGGUUUCUUGAAUGAUAGACAGACAUCGACUUUAGUGACAACUUGCACUUGUUAGUCAUAAUGUUGAGAUUGCAGUUUGGUGGGGGGCAAUCCUUGUCCCUGCGACCUAAGGCGUUACCCUCCACAUCAGGUGAGCAGAGCCGUGCCAGCACCGCGAGGGCAGGGUUAAAAAGAUGGGAAGGGAAAAUAGAGUGGAAUUUUAACGGGAAAAGAGAGCGGAGAGCUAUGGCUGGCAAUGGGUAUGUUAGUGAAGGCGGCAAGGAGAACCAGAGUCAAAGCUCGCAAGAUGUUACUUCCAGGGUUGAGGAUACCGAGGCGUUUUGCAUUAUAGAAGGACGAAACACUGUUCUUGACUUUUCCAAAAUGCAGCUGCAAGAAAUUCGUGACAACAUUACAAGCCGUCGCAAUAAAAUAUUCCUUCUCAUGGAAGAGGUGAGGAGAUUACGAAUCCAACAGCGGAUCAAAAGUGCAGAGCAGGGUUUGGAUUCAAAUGAUCCUAGCAAUGACAACGAGGAAAUGCCUGAAUAUCCAUCAUCAAUUCCCUUUCUCCCGCCUUUGACAACGGCAACAUUGAAGCAGUACUAUGCGACGUGCCUGGUACUGGUGUCCAUCAUCAUCCUCUUCGGUGGUUUAGUCGCACCUGUUUUAGAGCUGAAGCUUGGAUUGGGGGGUACGUCUUAUGAGGAUUUUAUCCGCAGCAUGCAUCUACCGCUCCAGCUGAGUGAAGUGGAUCCAAUUGUGGCUUCAUUCUCUGGAGGAGCUGUAGGAGUGAUUUCAUCGCUCAUGGUUGUGGAGAUCAACAAUGUAAAACAGCAAGAACAUAAGCGUUGCCGGUAUUGUCAUGGAACAGGUUAUUUGGCUUGCGCUCGAUGCUCGGGAUCUGGAUCACUCAUCGUGGCUGAGCCUGUUGCAUCAAUCGGGGUCGAUGACCGGCCUUUACCAGCACCCACCACACAACGUUGUCCGAAUUGUUCAGGAGCUGCGAAGGUGAUGUGUCCGACCUGCUUGUGCACGGGAAUGGCGUUGGCGAGUGAACACGACCCUCGUAUCGAUCCUUUUGUUUGAAUCUAGCGAGGGAAGCCCAUCGAGGAGGACAUCUCCCAUCGUAACCCACAGGUAAGGAAACAAUUCGCGGAUUACAAAACUGGCAUGGAAUGUAAAAAAAAGACUGGCACAUCACAGAGACAAGAAUGCAACAUCUUACGCAACCGGAUGACAUGCACACUCCAGUGCCACGUCGGAGAGCCCCAGGUCAUGAUCAAGGCACAAAUGUCCUUCCACAGGACGUGCAAUGAAGCACCACAUGUGAAUCGAACCAACUACAGAAAGACAGUCAGACAGACACAGCAUGGAAUUAAAGUGCGGAGAGACCCAGGCUGCAAAGAAGAAGACGAAGAAGAGAGGUCGACGCUACUCACGUCCCCAUCCCCAUCCACAGCCCCCAUCUCUCAGUCUAACCCAGGGUGACUGACUGACUGAUGGAUGCCACAUGACUCGCUCUGCACAACUGAGCCUACAUGUCUGUCUUUCAACGAACUGCUUGCAAAUCACUAACUUGCACUGCCCCAUCUUAAAUUACUACACACCAGCCAACUUCUUGAGGGAUUUGGACCACCAUGAAUAACAAUUAUCGCCACAUAUUAUGAUGAAAACCUAGCUUGUUGACGUUUUGGGUCAA